GCGAAGCCUUUUUCAUCACUUAUGCUCAAGAGUCAAAACCUCAUUCUCAACCACCUUUUCUACCGACAGCAGAAUGCCGUCCCAGCAGUGUGCCUAUUGCAAUCGAGAAUUCAAUAGAGCCGAGCACCUUUUGCGUCAUGUACGGUCACAUACAAAGGAGAAACCUUUCAGAUGUGGAUCAUGCGGGAAAGGUUACGCCCGCGAGGACACAUUAAUCCGGCAUGCCAAGUCUCACUGUGUUGGGAGAACGAGGCGGAUGACUCUUUCGGAAGUUUCGACAAAUACCAGAGAAGUUGGAGGAAUACGCCAUGAAGAGCAUACGAACAUCAGCAUUCCAGGCGAUGGGAUCCUUCAAAGUACUCCCGAAGCGCAGCAAGAGCAGCUCCAAACGAUAGAGAUCUCCCGCACAACUCCAGGCCAAUCAGCUGCUGACUUUGGUACCGGGGCGAAUAUCUGGGAUUUCCAUAACCUAGAAUUCAUGGAAGAAACUCCUUUAUGGACGAUUGACAAUAGCUUCGCCAUGGGUGGGAUUGAAGAUGGAACGUCUGGACAACUGGAAGACAUGCAACUCCAGGCUUUUGAUUGCUCGGGUGGGCAUGGUAUAUCGAAUGGUCAUGACCCAUCCGACCCUUCCGGAAAGCCUGGGCUCCCAGUUGUAUUAGAUAUGAGGAGCAUAUGGUUUACGAAAGUUCAAAAGAAUGAUGAGAGCCUCUACCAUCCUUUCACUUUGGCAGAAACCACUCCUACCUCACAACCAACAUCAUCACCAAGAGAGCCUGAAAUCGUCGACGAGGAGUGUCGUCGUGAUCUCACCAGAUCUUUAGUCCAUCCAUUCCCGCAAGAGGAUUUGCUUCCUUCCUCCGCAUUUCUGAAUCUCUGUGUGCGACGGUAUCUCGCAUGUUUCAACCCUGUUUUCCCUAUAAUACACGCCGGAACAUUUCAACGUACCUCAGAAAAUGGGCUCCUACUCAUCUCCAUGGCAUCUGUGGGCUGCCUCUUUUUAGGUUCGCUGGCUGCCGUUCAGCGUGGACGUCGCCUUUUCGAGAGGCUGAAUAAAGUAAUUCUAACCUCAUGGGAUAAAGUAAUUGGUCAAUCAAAUGGCGAGAUUGUUGCAAUGGUGCAAGCAGCUCUUAUUGGCCAAACAUUUGCAAUGUUGUCCGGAAAGGAUGCCAAGCACCUCGCUAUAUUCGAAGCAUAUCACGGCUCUAUGAUCUCGUGGGCACGGAGAGAAAGGAUGUUUGUGGCUCGUCCGGACACAGAUUCGCUUGAAAAUCUGUCAGGAGAUGAAUUGGAUGCAGCAUGGAAGGACUGGGCGAGAAGAGAAGAGAUGAGAAGAAUUGUCCCUGCCUUACACCUUCAUGAUGGUGAACUCUCUGCCUUGCUUCAUCGUGGGCCAUGUCUCAAAAACAUCAAAUCGGUCCGCUCAGCGCACGCGACCUAUCGUUCAUUCGAAGCCACUACGGCGUUGAACUGGAUCUCUUCUACCAGACAGGAAGUUGAAUCGGACACGAUAAUAGUUAACAGCAACAGCCAACCACAUCAGUGCGACUUGUUCACUGCAUACGUAAAGCUUCAACUCAUCGGUGUGAAAAUCGGGGAGGACCGACUACAAGAAAACUUGGACCAAGAAUCCUUCAAUGCCCAUCAAGAGGCGUUGCUGCGGUGGCAUGAAUACUACGCUGGAUCUGUGGAAGAUGAAGAUCCAGACCGCCUAUGUCUGCUAUCCCUUUGGCACUGGACAUUCAUGCACUUACUGGUUGAUUUGGACCAGCUGGAAUCAGCAAUUGGAAGAGAUGGUCCGGAUGCUGCAAAAGAGGCUAUAUCAUAUGUGUCCAACUGGGUUUCGACACCAAAUUCAUCUCGAUGCAUACUACACGCCUUCCUGCUCCAGAAACAAAUCCAAGCCCUUCGCUUCAACCAAAUACCAGCACUUCACGUUCCAAGAAUCCUAUUCUCUGCCGCGAUCACAUGGUACUGCUAUAUCAACUAUGGACCAGGCAAUGACGCACUCGAUCUGUCAAGUACGGUUUUUGACACAAACUUGCCAGAGUUCAAAGCUGUAGGACCAAAAACUCUCCAACAAUUGUCUUCUAUUACGAGCUUGAGCUGGAACCGAGGUGCUUUAUCUUGCAUAAAGGCUGCGACUUUGUGUGAACUGAGUGGACUGCUCCAGAGAAUCAACGAAUGGGGAUCAGCAGGAUCGUUUGCAAAAGUCGUGGCCCGCCUGAUCGACUACGAAGCUUAAAUUGCGGGACCACCUUGAAUUCAAACUACGUUUAUUCUGAUAACCAUUCUGGGACACUAUUUUGCCUACCAAACUUUACUUUCUGUUUCGAACUUCGGUUUCUUCACCGGGGUGAUUGUUUUCGCUUAGCACGCUGACUGCAGCCGGAACUGCCCCCAAAUCUUAUGGUUCAACACUUCGUGUCAAAAGCAACACCCGUACCUGCACGGUAAAAGUAACGACAAAAACAAAUCAUUGUUGGAUCAAUGGCAGCACUCCAUUCUGGGAUUCCAAGUGCGGUUUGCGGGCACU